UAAUAAUAAUAUUCACCUAGAAACACCAAACCGCAUUUGCAACCUGCACCAACACCAGCCAAAUUCACGUGACCGUCCCGGCAAGCAAGGGCACUGACCACCUGCUGAACGCGUGCUGAUUCGCUGAACGACAACGACUUCUUCUCUGAGCUCCACCACCCACCCACCUUUCUAGGGCGAGGAAUACAUACAUACAUACAUAUACAUAUACAUAUUGUUGACAACUCUCUUUCCUUCCCUCCCUCCAUUCUCCAUUUCAACCGUCAUGUCCCAGCUCAUCAGAAAUACUGCCAGAGCUACAAGAACUCUUUCAGUACGACCGUCUUUCACUCUAACCAGAAUCAGUGGACGCCGUUUCCACGCCCUUCCUCCCAAGAUGUCAGAUAUGAUUCCAAUUCUGACCAAACAUGCCAUGCCUCCUGUUGGACCAUACUCGCAAGCCAUCAAAACACCACAUGCCAUCUACUGUUCGGGCCAACUUCCAGCAGAUGCAGAAGGCAACCUAGUAGAAGGGUCAAUGGGUGAAAAAACCGCUGCGGUUCUCAAAGCUCUGUCAGCGGUUCUCGCCGAAGGAGGCUCUUCCCUUGACAAAAUUGUCAAAGCACAGAUAUUUCUCACCGACAUGGCGGACUUCGCUGAGAUGAAUGUCGAAUAUGAGAAGUGGAUCAAACACAAGGCGGCGAGGAGUUGCGUGGCCGUGAAGCAAUUACCAAGAGGGGUGAACAUUGAGAUUGAAUGUGUGGCGCUACCGUGAAGCACAUCAUUCAAUUGAGGUGGUGUUGUUCGAGGACAUUAGGAUGGGGCCUACGAGACACUUCACGAGACAUGGCAUAGUCUUUCUCGACAUUGAGAACGGCUUUUAUGAAUUGCUGCAAUUUGUUUUCGGCCUCUCAUGGAUAUAGGAAGGCGUAUGACACCUGCUGUUAGGUACCUCCUCGUGGUCAUUCCUGGACUGUUCACGUGACAUCGUUCAGUUAUCCAGCCACUUUGAGCGAGUAACAGGCAGAGUCUCCAUGUUAAUCCCAAAUAGUUCUUUCAAGCUUGCAGGAAGUUGAACAGCCAUUGACAGACGCAAGGACGGCAACAAGAAGCAAUAGUAAAGGCAACACAGCACAACAUAUGCUCCCUGCUCGAAACCGGUCCAAUGACCUGUCCUUAUCCAUUUCAAAUAUCCUUCAUUCCAGC